CAAAGCUUGUUAUCCUUAGUGUAACAUUUAAAAGAAUCUGGGCCUAAUCCCAGGAAAACUGAGGAAUGAUCUCAGACAGCUUCAUUUUCUAAGGACCUUUCUGAAGGCCUAAGAACUGAAAUGGAGGUGUUGUAUAGGUUUGUAUUUUAUUUAAUUACAAGAGAGGAAGGCUUGAUUAUAACAGACGUUGUUUAAAACAGCAUCAUGUAGCCCAAGCUGGUCUCAAGAUCACUAUGUAGCCAAGAGUGUCCACCAACUGACACUCUCCUCCCUGCACCUCAGUCCUCAUCCUCCUGUCUUUGUGUCUCCAGAAGGUGCUGGGAGUGUGCACAUGUGCCAUCAUGCCUAGCUAAUUAUAACAGGACUCUGAGGACUGAGAUGUGGCUCAGUGGUAGAGUGCUUGCCUAGUACAGAUAAUGCCUAGUAUGGACAAGAUCCUAAUUAAGUAAUGAAGAGAUUGGCAGCCAGGGAAAGCAGGGUGGAACUUUCCACUGUGCUUGUUUCUAGCGUGGGAUGGGAGUAGGCAAAGUGCUACCAUCUGUUUUUAUUUUUUGGGUUCUUGUAACAGAUGCCCUGGUACCCUGCAUUGUAUCCUUAAUUAACCAGUGAUUUAAACCAAAACUAAGAUUUUUUUGUAGCCUGAGCCUUACCAGACCUAUUUUUUUUUUUUUUUUUGUCUCAGCUGUUAGGUGUCCACCAAGGGAAGGGACCCCUCCUCCCAGUCUUCAACCAGCAGCAAUAGCUAAGCAUGGAGCCUCCAGGGACCCCCUCCCCAGCAGUCACUUCCUUCUUUGGGGAGGAUAUGAAAACCCAGCACAUAAUUGGCACAAAAAGACAACACUCAGGCAUCUGUUAUGCACCUGAAGCCACACUGGAGACUCCAGAAGAAAGAGCACCCUCUUGAAGUCAGCAGGGACACACUAAGAACGCCUAUGAGCCACCAAAACACUGUCAGUGAUGAAAAGGGCAAAGCUAGCUACAUGAAACCACCUGUCUUCCCUUCAGCCUCCUUUGUCAAAGCAGCAUCUAGAAAACCUUUUGGGAUCCUUUCUCCAAAUGUUCUAUGCAGUAUGAGUGGGAAGAACCCUGUGGAGAACAGCUUGAAUGUUAAAGUCAAAAAGAAUGUGCCGCCUGCAACAGUACACCAGAGUGAGGAAGAAGGACUACCUGGGAGCUGCGCUAUUGUCAAGCCUGGAAAUACGAAGGAGAAAAUCGCAUUCUUUGCAGCCCACCAGUGUAGCAAUAGGAUAGGAUCUAUGAAAAUAAAAAGUUCCUGGGAUAUUGAUGGGAGGGCUACUAAAAGAAGGAAAAAAUCAGGGGAUCUUAAGAAAGCCAAGGUACAGUUAGAAAUGAUGAGAGAGAUCAACAGCCAGUGCUACCAGCCGGAGCCAUUUGCAUGUGGCAUUGAGCACUGUUCUGUGCAUUAUGUGAGUGACAGUGGGGACAGUGUCUGUAGUGGGAGGCCUCUGUCAGUGAUACAGAUGGUUGCCUUCCUUGAGCAGAGAGCCACUGCUCUCCUAGCUAGCUGCGUGAAAAACUGCACAAAUCCGCCUGCCAUUGUGAAGAUUUCUGGCCAGCCCCGAAGUGUGCCACCUGCACCUGAGCCCUUCUCUAAUCCAGGAACUUGUGAAGAACCCACGGAAAGAGAAAAUCCUGAGUCUGGCAGAUCACAGAGUGAACCAGUCCGCGUCCUUGACAUGGUAGCCAGGUUGGAGUCUGAGUGCCUAAAGCAUCAGGGUCAGCGAGAACCUGGGAGCUUGUCACGGAAUAACAGCUUCCGGCGAAGUGUGGGCAGGGUGUUGCUCACGAAUGGCUCUCAGGCCAGUGACAAAAGUGAAGAGGGGUCUGCAGACACACCCGACACCCAGGUGCACCCCACACAGUCGGUGUCUGUGGGAGCAGGACCGUCGGAAACUGACCAUUCUGCAGGGGACCAGGCCUGGGACAGUACCUCUCAGAGCUGUUCCUCAUUGCCAGUAGGCGUGAGCUUCCACAAGGACAGCACAGAAUUAGAGCCAAGUCAGCAGACAACUGUGGAGAACUCCAACCGGAAUGACAUAGAAAUGACAGAUGAAUUUGAUGGAUUGCCCUUUUCUCCUCAUACCUAUCUCCAAGCCACCGAAUUGUCCACAGAUGCUGUCAGUUGUGUGAGUAGAGAGCUUGUAGCACUCCCAAAGCACCAUGCUGAUCAGAGAAAAGAACCUUUGUGCAUCAGCAUUGCCGUGUGCACGGUGGAGAGGGAGCAGCCUUCUGCUAGAGACUCCCUUGAAGAGCCUCUUCCCGGCAUGUUGUUUUUUCUGUCACCUGGACGGGACCAGCAAGAGUGCUCCCAGCUGAAUGAACACACAGCACAAGAGGCUUCAGAGGCCAGUAAGCCUCAAGAUGCUGCUGAGGGCAAUAGUGCCUGUGAGGAAAAAGAUGGUUCUGCGGAGCCACUCAUCCCAGCAGCCCCUGGGGGGGAAAGUACAUUACCGGUGCUUGAGGUGUCCAGCUGGAAGAAGCCCGUGUCUCAGGACUUCCUGGAGACCAGGUUUAAAAUCCAGCAGCUCCUGGAGCCUCAGCAGUAUAUGGCAUGCCUGCCUCACCACAUCAUGGUGAAAAUCUUCAGGUUACUCCCCACCCUGAGUUUAGCGAUUCUUAAAUGUACCUGCCGCUACUUUAAGUCCAUCAUUGAAUACUACAACAUCAGGCCAGCAGACUCUCGGUGGGUCCGAGAUCCUCGCUAUAGAGAAGACCCUUGCAAGCAAUGCAAGAAAAAGUAUGUGAAAGGGGAUGUGUCCCUGUGUCGGUGGCACCCCAAACCCUAUUGCCAGGCAUUGCCGUAUGGGCCUGGGUACUGGAUGUGCUGCCACCAGUCUCAGAAGGGCUUUCCCGGCUGUAAGCUAGGCCUUCAUGACAAUCACUGGUUACCUGCCUGCCACAGCUUUAACCGGGCGAUCCAUAAGAAAGCAAGAGGGAGCGAGGCAGAAGAGGAGUACUGAUGUCCACGGGAGAGGCGAAGGGACCGUGAAACGCCUGCGUCAACCCUCAGGUGUGUGCGGCCUCAUCCCCAGCUGUUCAGGACUCUGCUCCGCUCAGACUGCCAUUACUCAGGCUUUUAUCUGUUUACCAGCUGUUCAAGAAAUUAGCUCCAUGCUUGUCUGUAGUGGUGCCUCACAUUUAACCCACCCAGCUGUGAAGAACUCUGCCCAUUUUCCUCCAUUUGGACACUCAGAGGUCACCAGGCAGUCCCCACAAGAGGAUCCUGCAAUGUCCCAGCACUGGCUCUGUAUCUGAAGUGAGUGAAGUGAGGAAACCUUUGAGAAUUAUGCCUAAAAAAGAAAAAAAACGUAGGCACCUUACCUUAGACCUUGUAUGCUUGAUGCUGUGAGAAUGUUUGGCGAUGGGUCUGCCCUGUGGUGUUUACAGUGUAUAUAAUGGUUGUGUUUCAUAGGGCUGUGAAAGUGCACAGUGAACCGAGCGCCUUGACCUGCACAUGAGUGCUUUGGCCCCUCUGUAAAUAAUGUGAUUAAAAUCCAGUAUUGUAUAUUAUGGACAGCUAACUAAACAUAUUCACCAGAAUAAGACAAUAUCAUAUAAUAGAUUAAAAUGUUGUGCAUCCUUUU